AUGGUGCAAGAAUACAAAGGGGAGAAGUACUUGACUUUCUGGGCUGGAAAUGAUGCAGUUGGCGGACACGGUGCUGGUACUAUCAUAAUGUUGGAUAAAACAUAUUCCCUAUUUAGAGAAGUUAGGGCGGCCUAUGGACUCGAUGCGGAUUUACACGACUUCCGAAUCACCGAAGCCGGAACUGCCCUAAUUACAGUAUACAAUGUGGUCCAACGGGAUCUUACCGAAGUUGGAAAGACUCGUAUUGGACCGGUGUGGGACUGUGUGAUUCAGGAAAUCGAUCUUGAGACAGGGUUAGCCAUAUUCCAAUGGCAGGCUUCAGACCAUUGGAACUUGAUCGACAGUUACAGAGAGAUCGGUGGCGAUGGAGAGGGAGACCGUGCGUACGACUUCUUCCAUAUGAACAGUAUCGACAAGGACUCGCGAGGAAAUUACCUCACUUCAAGUCGUUAUAUGCAUAGUCUGACAUAUAUCAACGGCACCACCGGUGAAAUAAUAUGGAUUCUUGGUGGCAAGAGGAACAUGUUCCAAGACCUUUCGAACGGUACUGCGACGAACUUCGCUUACCAGCAUGACGCGCGAUGGUCUGGUAAAGAUACAAUCACCAUCUUCGACAAUGGAGUUGACGAUGUUCAUCGCGACAUAGCACUGACCCGCGGCUUGAAACUCAAAAUUGACGAAAAAUCCAUGACCGUGUCUGUUGUUGCGGAAUAUUUUAACCCACACAAGAUUCAUGGUAUAUCCCAAGGGUCUUUUCAAUCACUCCCUAAUGGGAACGUGCUUCUCGGCUAUGGCAAUUCUGCAGCAUUUACAGAAUUUGCUGGCAACGGCGACGUCCUCUGCGACACACAUUUCGGACCCGAGAGCAGGUUUGGCACGGCGGAAGUCCAAUCUUACCGAGUAUAUAAGUACGAAUGGCAUGGUAUGCCGAAGACGAGUCCCACGUCAGCUAUCAGAAAGAACAGUGGAAGGAAUUGGAGCUUCUACGUCAGUUGGAAUGGAGCAACCGAGGUCUCUAAUUGGAUUCUUCAGGGGUCUGAGGACCUUAACGUUACUGACGACAACUGGAAAGAGUUGAAUCGAACGGAGCGUUUGGGAUUCGAAACGGAAUUCGAAAUACUCGACCAAUAUCCUCAGUAUUUGAGAGCGGUGGCAGUACAUUCCGAAAGAUACAUGCUGGGUGUUAGUGAACCGAUUGGUGUAGAACAGAUGGAAGAACAGUUAAAACCUACCGGGUCUUGA